CAUACACUAGUUAGGUGUUGAUUGGACCCUAUACUAUUUCGGAGCAAAUGAUAAAACCUUAAUCAAGGUUCAAUACCCUAUCGUGGCCACCAAUCAAAAUAUGUUCAACAUGCUCGUCUGCACUCGACAACUUCAAUUCGAGCCCGAUGCUGCGCCUGUUCUCGCGGUCGUUGCCGCUGCGGCAGACGUCCUUCCUUCACAAAUCCAUGUAUUCUACGAAGAAUACGCAUGUGAGCGACAUGCCCGUGACGUCCCUUCCGAUCUCGAAAUCAACGUUGCGCGCGCUGACUGAAGUCAUGGGGUAUGAGCUGCUGACCAAAGUCCAAGCGACGACGCUUCCUGUGAUCUUGGAAGGCAAAGAUGUUCUCGCCAAGUCCAAGACAGGCACGGGCAAGACCAUGGCGUUCCUCAUCCCGACCAUCGAGACCCUUGCACACUCCCAUCUGCACAAGAAGGAUAAGAACAACAUUUCCGCGCUCAUUCUGUCGCCGUCGCGCGAGCUCGCGACGCAGAUCGAAGUGGAGGCCAAGAAACUGUCGACAUUUCAUCCGAUUCACAUUGCUUGCGUGGUGGGGGGCGUGCCCAUGAACAAGGACUUGCGGCGGUUGAGCCAUCCCGACGGCAUCGACCUCUUGGUCGCGACCCCCGGCCGCCUCCAGGACCAUUUGAACAACGACCAUGGCGACUUGGUUAAACGACUGGCAGGCAUUCGCAUCCUCGUGCUCGACGAAGCGGAUCGAUUGCUCGACAUGGGGUUCCGUCGAGACAUUGAAAAGUUGCUGCAGUAUCUACCCGUGGCAAGGCGCCAAACGCUAUUGUUUUCGGCCACGUUGCCGUCGUCGUUGGAGCAGAUUCAGCGGCUGGCCCUCAAGACAAACCAUGUGUUUAUCGACACGGUGGGGGAGGACGAGGACCAGACGAACGUGCACGUCAAGCAGAGCGUGGUCACGUGUCCGUUCGGCGAUCACAUUGCCGCGCUGGACAAGCUUCUGGACGCGCACAUUCAAAGCGCACCCGACGGGUACAAGAUCAUCGUGUUUUUUCCCACGGCCCGCGCCGCGGGGUUCAUGGCGCAGCUGUUCCUGCAUGCAGGGUACCCCGUCCUUGAAAUGCAUUCGCGCAAGUCGCAGCCGCAUCGCACGAAAACGGCGGCGAACUUCCGCGCCAAGGACAACCAGAUCUUGUUCUCGUCCGACGUGUCGGCCAGAGGCGUCGACUACCCCGGCGUCACCCUCGUGAUCCAAGUGGGGCUCACGGAGAAGGAACAGUACAUCCACCGUCUCGGACGCACCGGUCGCGCCGGCAAAGCUGGCGAAGGCGUGUUGCUGCUGUCGCCGUUUGAGACACCGUUUUUGAACGAGUUGAACGACCUUCCUCUGGCCAAGAUGGCCCUUGCAAAUGGAAAGCCGCCGCGAGUGGAAGAGUCCAUGCGACGCGUGCAGUCCAACGCCGAGCUGCGCAAGGCCGCUGAGCAAGCGUACCAAGCGUGGUUGGGGUACUACAACUCGAACCUGAGACGGCUCAAGAUGACCAAGGAUCAGCUUGUGGACACGGCUGAGGAGUACAGUCGCAUUGUGGGACUGGAUGAAGUGCCCGCGUUGCAGAAGAGCACCAUUUCCAAGAUGGGAUUGCAAGCGGGGGCAGCGGACGUGGCCGUGCCAGCAAUGGUGGACGUGGUGGCGCAAGUGGCGGUGGACGUGGACGUGCCAGUAGCAGUGGACGUGGAGGUGCCAGUAGCGGUGGCCGUGGUGGCGGCAUUAGUGGCGGACGUGGAGGUGGACAUUCGCCGCCACGACCAAGAUGGUAGUUGUCCCUUGAGCAACGAAAUAGUAUCCCAGUAA